CGUAAAUGUGAAGUCGUACACUAUCUUUUUAAAGACUAGGUAUCACCAUGCCUGAUAGUAAUCCAGAGCCCCACCCAGAUGAUUCCGCUUAUCAGCCAAGAGUAAGAUGGGUGUUGCCCAACAGAGUGGACUUCGUGACUUUCAUGGGCAAAGAUGUGUUCAUAAUAGCACAUGACAUCUACAUAGUAUUUUUCAACUUGAAAACUCAUUCAGAACUGGUGUAUGUUGCCAACAGCCAGAAGAAUGGAGAUGGGGUUGAUGUUGUUGCAGGACACAGAAGUAAUACAUUUGCAUUUGCUGAAAAAGUCAAGCAUGGAAGAAUAUUUAUUGUCAAUUAUCCUGCAUUCAAUAUUGUUGCCGAGUUGAGAGAUAAGACAGUGAACCGCUACAAAGGGCUCUGCAUGAUGGAGUGCGAGCUGGUGGCGGGCUUCAGCGGGUUCCCCAACUACGUAGUAUCAGUGUGGAAUUGGCGCACGCACCAGCGCCUCGUCAGCGCGCCCACCGGUGUCGUGCGCCGCAGUCAGAUCUACAUGGCCAGCCGCACUCACAUGCUAAUCUGCGAGUGCUGGGGCGAAGGGCUGAUCGUGUGGGAGGUGGCGCAGUGCUACAAGCGCAGCCUGCUGCUGCAGCGCGCCAAGCAGGAGGUGACGGGCUGGGAGGUGUCGGAGCCGCCGCUCGUCGGCGUCUGCUGGAGCGCCGAGGGCCAGCUGUACGCCAUCGACCCUGCCGCCAACCUCUACAGCGUGCUGUCAGACGGUAUAGGCAUGGUCACCAACCUGGAAUGGUCUGAGAACUUACAUGGAAAAAUCAAACCAUGCAUAUGUGCGUUCGGAAACGGGUUCUUGAUCUACGGCCCCGACAAACUUCUUCGUGCGCUAAAAAAAGCCGAGCACAAAUGGAAGGUAGCGUGGAGCUACAAACCUCUGGACGUGAUUACUCGACUGGUGGCCAACGCUACCUGCGACUUGGCCGUAAUGUGGGCGCGCUGCGGGCUGGGAUACAAGAUCACCGGCGAGUCCGAAGACAAGCUGGAUGUCAAGAUCUUCACCUUCAAGCAGAGGAACAUCAUAAAGGUGCAACUGAUAGCACCCGACUACAAGUACGUGGCGACGAUGAACGACUCUGGUGUGCUGUGCAUCUAUGAAGCAGUGUCUGCUAAAUUAGUAGCGAUAAAGUCCAUCGAAGGCAACGACAUAUCGUUCGAGGCGAGCCCCGUGGAGCCCGUGCUUGCUAUAUUCGGCGAGGUGGGCCCCAACUACGGGCUUAUGCUGGCCGCCAUACGAGACAAUGAAGACCGCGUCGAGAUUGACAAGGUGGGCCGCAUGUGCCUGACGCACCAGAUCGUGUCGCUGGUGGCCUUCUCGCCCACGGGCAGGGAGAUGGUCGCCGCCGCCAUGUCUGCCGGACACAUCUUUGUGUUGAAGCUGUCGGAGGACUACAAGCUGUCGCUGGUGCGGUACACAGAGCUGGGCCGCGGGCUGGCGGACUGCUUCCUCAUGAAGGUGGGCGACGCCAUGCGCUGCUUCAGCCUCGUGCUGUUCUCCGACAAGUACGCCAUCGGCGAGCGCAUAAUCUGCAUCAACGCAGACACGGGCAAAGACAACAAGUUCGCGGGCAAGAUGCAGGGCCCCUACGCCAAGCUCAUGCCGCUGGCCGCGCGCGACACCAUGCUGGCCAUCCCGCAUCUCACCACGAAGGUGCACGUGCUCAAGCUGGCCGGCGAUAAAGGCGUGACGGUAUCGGUGAAGAUGGGCCCGAUUAUAGACACGGGGCACGACAUGAAGCAGUUCAGCGCUUACCUCGGCGCGCGUGCGUUGCUCACGUACGGUUACGACGGCGCCGUCAUCCUGCGCCGCCAUGACUUCCCCGAGGACUAUGAACUGAAGCUAGUGAUGAGCCACCGCUACGAGUCGGGCGUGCGGCAGGCGGUGAUCGACGCCGACAACCAGUUCGUCAUCCACCUGGCCGGCAACCGCACCGUCGCCUGCGCCUUCCUGCACGACAGAGACGACCUCAAGCACGAGCCCGUGCACGAGGAGCUCAGCCCCAGCCUGUUCGAUAGUAUGGAGACCAUGAUCAUCAUUGGCGAUAGGGAGAAGAACUACCUGGACCUGCAAGAAGACAAGAAAGUCCACGAGGAGGCAAUGGACUAUAAACGCGCGCGCGAGGAAGUGCUGCGCGUCUUCGACAGCGUGCGCGCGCGCCUGGUCGCGCUGUUGGAGGAGAACCUGGCCGAGCGCCCGCUGCACCAGCUCUCGCUGGCCGAGUUCAACCUGCACCACGAGCACAGGAAGGAGCGCCUGAAGCAGGCGGAGCGCGAGCGCGAGGAGCUCCGCUUGGCCACGGAGGCUCGCAUCCGCGCGCAGGACAAGGUGACGCGCUGGAUCCGCGAGCGCUGCUGGGACACCAUGCUCACGCCGCGCGUCAAGCUGUUCGCCAUCUUCAGCCACUACCAGGUGGAGAACUACGCGGUUCUGCCGACGCAGCGCGACCUGUGGCCCGAGCUGCAGCAGACCGAGGCGCUGCGCGGCGUGGAGAUGGACAACGACGACGACCUCUUCCGGCCCUGGGAGGAGCCCGAGGAGCGCGCCAGCGAGGACCACAGCGCGGCCCAAGUCCCAGAGGCGUCCGUCCAAUCAGUCAAAGAAGCCCGCAAGAGCACGGAAAGCGAAGCUAUCGUACUAGAGUUAGACUCGGCGGAGCAGGUGCGCGGGCAGCCGUAUGUCCUGGCCGGCUCCAACGUGCACCGCUUCGUGCCCGUGCCCGCCUACAGCGUGCCACAGACGCUCGCCUUCAGCUUCCUGCAGAUGGGCUGGAUACAGCACCUCGCCAAGGUGACGCACCUCUAUAGGCCGGCGGGCUGGCACGUGCUGGCCGGCUCCAACGUGCACCGCUUCGUGCCCGUAAAAACUUCUGCUUAA